AUGAGCACAACUCGAAAAAACACGAUCUUCGUGGACUUUGGAGUCCUCCCAGCUCGCCCACCGCUGGAUUCCAUAAAAACCUUUGUGGAAAAAAGCAUGGGCCUUAAUCCUGCCGGGUUUAAGUGCCUUCAACUGCACAACACCCGGAACGGCAUCCUCAUCGAGAUGGCUGAUCUAGCAACAGCCAUUAAAGUAGCAGCAGACAACCACAUGAAGCACGCGCUCCGUUCGGGUGAGAAGAAUUUCCUGAUUCCGGUGUACGUUGACGACAACGCCGUCGACGUCCGGGUCCACGAUCUUCCGCCGGGAAUGCCCAACGACGACAUCGCUGACGGAAUGGCGCAGUAUGGAGAGGUGCUGACGAUUACGGACGACGUUUGGAAGAACUUUUUCCCCGGGAUUCCAAACGGUGUGCGGGUCCUGAGGAUGAAACUCGCCAAGCAGGUGCCGUCAUACGUCAGCAUCAAGGGCCAAUUAAGCUUGGCCACUCAUGCUGGCCAGAUCCCGACUUGCCGACGAUGUGGACAGAAAAGUCACCCCGAAAAAACCUGCUCAUCCGCGAAAACAAAAAAGAAGACCGUGAACGCGAACCAGAAGAACGACAAACCAACAACAACGAUUACAAUUGUGCCAGCUGCAACAACAACAACAGUGUCUGAUCCUAUCUCGAAGGUCACCGACGACGAUGGGUUUAGAACUGUUGAGAAGAAAAAAAAGAGUGCAAAAAGACAACUUUCUAUCGAGUCCAAAACAACGCCCCAGGAGAAGCGCACUCAAAUAAAUUUCGACAGUGAUACCGAGAUGGACGAGCAAACGUUGAAACAAAUCAGCAAAGAAGACAGCGCAAAAUUAAGAACCGACAAUUUCAUGAAGUGGUGUGAGUUGAUGUACAUGCAAUAA